UUUCGUUACAUCAUGAAGUCAUUUCGUUACCUCACGAAGUCAUUUCGUUACCUCACGAAGUCAUUUCGUUACAGGUUAAAGUCAGGCCGUUAUAAUACUUCUUACUAUUACUUUGCGUGGUAACAAAAAGCCGGGACUCAAAAUUCAAUUCUUUUUCUUUUUUCGGCAGAUAUUGAACGCCGCUAAGCGCUGGAGGCGUUGACGGGCCACGCUGCAUGUCGGCCCGUCGGGUCCACCGGGUGCGCCCGCUCGAUGUAUUAAUAAAUGUCGGCUGACUGUUCGAUCAAAUCAACAUACACAGGCUGCUAGGAAAAUACGUGAAAUAAUCUACUUCGUUUUGUGGAAUUAUCCUGCUUUCUAGAAGUUUCCAUGAAAUUCCAUUUUCCUAUCAUGAUUGACCAUUCUCUGUCUUUGUGGACGUUUUCCCCACAUGCGACGCCCUGUUACAUUUUUCUUCAGACGUUCAGUGUGGAGAAAUCCAGUGUGGAUACCGAUCGGUGCUAUCUGAACCAAGGAGCGAUUACACAUAAUACUAGUAUCUGUGGAACUUAUCUGUGUUAUGUAGUAACUUGAGCAUCUAUCAUAUAUGCUGUGAUAAAUCACGAUUUUAGUAUCGUUGAUAUACAGCGCGCGCAGUAAAGAACCUAUUGUUGUUAAACCGGCGGGCACGCACUUUCGUAGGCUUCCGGUCCGUUCGGUGCCGACAAAUUGCCCCAAAAACGAUAUCCACUCCCCCUUCAACUUGAAUAUUGCAGGCUGAUAUCUCUCCUUACCAUCUUUCUUACUAAACACUACCCAUGUGCCAGUUUAAAAGGAGAAAAUAUAAUGUUUCCGUACAUUUCCUACAACACACACGAAUAUAUUCCUAUGCCGACAACUGAUGCUAGACCGUCAUGCAUUGCAUGACUCAAGGGUUCACUGUCCUCCUCCCACCACGUACGUAGUAGUUAUAGUGAAUACCGUAAUACUAGAAGUAUACAGGACAAAGGUCGGUGGGGAACCCAAAUGGAACAAUAAUCUUGUUGUGUAUUUCUGACUGUAUAUAAAUAUGAAGGAAAAAGGAGAAAAUAUAAUGUUUCUGUACAUUUCCUACAACACACACGAAUAUAUUCCUAUGCCGACAACUGAUGCUAGACCGUCAUGCAUUGCGUGACUCAAGGGUUCACUGUCCUCCAACAUCAAAUACAUAAAUACAUCGCAACAUGCUAUACAUGAAUCGCAAAAUGUUGAACAUACUAGUGAUAUAUACCAUUUUUAGGAAUACGUACGAAAAUACAUAUUAGUUAAGAAUGAAGUUGUAAUGGAUGAUAAAACACUACCAACUAAAGUUCUACCAAAGUAUUUGACACUUUGCCUGUCAUGCCGAUCAGGCAAGUUUUGAAAAUAAGUUUCAAAAGAUAACAAGAGGUUUUUCAUUGUUGAUAUACAAUACAUCAUGAAUAAUGCUUUACAAAGAGAACUGCGCUUGUAUUUUCAAAGUUCAUAAAGACGCGCCUGACAGCGUCCUUUGGAGUGUUUAAUUCAAAGACAAUGCCUUUCGGAACUCUUGGGUGUGCAAGACAACUUACCUUUGCCUUACCUGUUACUUGUGAUGCAAAUAGGUACAUACAUGUAUGAAAGACUGUUGUUUCAGUCGGCACCUUCUAUAAGAAAAGUCGGCUAUUUACAGGGAAAGGGUCUUUUGUAAAACAGUAUACCGACGCGGCAGACAAACUUCCUUCUGCCUUUAAAUGGAGCAAGAUACCUCAGCCAUUCAUUCUAUUCGACCAUGGCUUCCUGCGUUGUAUGCGAUGACCCAGUUAGAGACAGACAGCACCGCCUUCAAUGUGACGAAUGCUUGGGGUGGCAACACAGAGUGUGCCGUUCAGGUAUAUCACAAGCUCUGUACAGACAGAUUGUCCGAGGAGAAGCUGACCUUGGAGUUUGGGCCUGCAACAACUGCCGUACCCCUGCAGUGAGCGACGUGGACAUCACUGAUCCACCAGUCUCCCCUGCGUCCCGAUCGGGGAACAACGAGACCAUGGAGGAUUCUUUGGAGGAAUCUGCAUUGGAGGAGAUGGAGAUCGACGAACAGCCAGUGCCCCGUACCUACGAAGUUGUGGAGGGCGCGUCAACGAAGGGGAAACCUCAGCUGAUAGACAAUCUAGGGUACAGGUUCGGUGUUCAGCGUAACCUACCCAGCGGAACUGUUCACUGGACCUGUACUAACCGCCCGAAGGUCGACCCUUGCAAAGCCAGCGUGAAGGAGCGAGACGGCGUGUUCGAGGCUGGGCCCCACCAGCACAACCACGGACCCGACGUCGGCGCCGCGACAGCAGCUAAGAUUGCGGCUCGGGUGAAGAAGGAGGCGGAAGGAGACCUCUUCAAAUCGGCGGCAGUCAUCGUCAACGACGUGUUGCUUGAGGAGCUUGGUGACGGUCCCUGCCCAGCACUGAGUAAGCCCGAACACCUGGCGAGAGCUGCCAACCGUCACCGACAGAAGCUUAGGCCAGACGAGCCGAAGGACCUGGACUUCGAGGUGGACGAGGAGUUUGUGCCGCCAUCAUUCCUCAAGGGGGAUGUCCGGGUUCGCCGCGGGGACAGCGAACGUCGUCAUCUGAUCUUCGCUACGGACACACAGCUAAAACACCUGGCCGACGCCAAGACCUGGUACUUGGACGGGACGUUCAAACUGUGCAGGGCGCCCUUCAUGCAGCUAUUCACCAUCAGCGUCUUCAUCAGGAAGGACGACUGCAUGAAGAGCGUCCCCUUGGUGUUCGUCCUAAUGAGCAGGAGAGAAAAAAAGGACUACAAGAAAGUUCUUAAGAAGAUCCUGGACAUCCUGCCUGGGCCAGCGAACGUCAAACGCGCAAUGUUGGACUUUGAGAAGGCGAUGUGGCCGGCCAUGACACAAGUUCUGCCUGACGUCCGCAUGACUGGGUGCAUGUUUCACUGGACCCAGUGUGUGUGGAGGAAGAUCCAAGAGCUCGGACUGCAGACAGCAUACCUUCAAAAAGGUAGCACCUACAAGUACCUGAGGAAGACAAUGUCGCUGCCUUUCCUGCCAGAAGAUGAAAUCGCGACCGAAUGGGAGGCCCUGAAAGCACAGGCAUCGACCCCUGCCCUCAUCGCCUUGGCUGACUACAUUGAUAGGAACUGGAUCGAGUCAUCUCUGCACCCCCCGGCGACCUGGAGCAUCUUCAAGAAAACCAUCCGCACAAACAACGAUGUUGAGGGAUGGCACAAUGCCCUCAACAAGCGAGCAACCGGGAAAUGCAAUCUUCCGUUCUACUUGCUGGUCCCCCACCUCCAGAAGGAAGCGGCCCUUGUACACCUUAACAUCCGGCUUGUCAAGGACAAGAAGCUGUCCCGUACACAAAGGAAGGGCAGCAGGAUAGCGCAAGAGAAGAUCUUCCAGCUGUGGGACGAGUACGACAACGGGGAGAAGACUGCCCGCGAGCUGCUCUCAGCAUGCAGCCACUACUGCCCUGAGCCGGCCCGCCAUUUCGAAGGGUAACAAAUUUUCACAUGACAAUUUUCAGCUUGUAAAUAGUGAUUUUCUUUUGCUUGUAAAUAGUGAUUUCGUGACAUUUGUUCAUAGCCAAGUUGUACAUAGGGACUUGUAAAUUACCGAUUUGUUGUAAUCUAUGUAUAAUGUAAUGUAAUGUGUAUUUGAAACUUGCAUGACGAUAGUAGCGCAGUCUUGUCGUAUGUAAAAUGUAAUAUGUAAUGUGCAAAUAAGUUGUGAAUAAGGGACUUGUAAAUAGUGAUUUCCUUUUGUCGAUUUUUCCUUUUGCCGAUUUUGACAAACAUUUUUUUCCAUUGUAAAGUUGUGACUUGUAAUUACUUGUUACAUGUUACAUGUAAUUACUGUGAUUACGAUAGUAUCAGGGUAGUCUUGUGUGUUGUAGGUAAAUAAGGCACUUGUGAAUCUUGAUUUUCUUUUGUCGAUUUUGACAAAUAAAAUUUUGUUUUCAUUUUCACA